GUGAUUUACAUCAUGUGACGAUGUGUGUCACAUGACGCGGAAGUAGUACAGCGUUAGAUGAAGCGUAGAUCGGUGGAUAUUUAGUGAAAACGGCGGCGGUACAGGUUGAAUUAAAAAGGACUCGAUCCUGGACUAACAGCCGACAUGGGGCUGUCAGAGCUGGAGGAGUGUUCUCUGUCCCUGGACGGAAAACUGCUCCGCUUCAUGGAGCAGCUGGAGUCUCUGGAGGAGAAACGAGCCGCUCUCAACUCUCUCAUCGAGCAGGGAUGGUUUACCACGUCCAAGGCACGAUAUUCCAUGGGAAACAAGCAAGUCUCUGCACUUCAGUAUGCAAGUGAGAUCGAGCCACUGGUCUGUGUUCACGCCAGAACACUGGACAAUGGUGAGGUGGAGUUCUGCACAGAACGAGUUACACAAAGUACAGAGUCUGGUAAAAACGUGAAGCCCAUAGAGGAUAUUGGACCUCAAGAGGAAGGUGUCAGGAGAAGAAACAAACCUAAAAAAGUUGUCGCUGAAAAAAAGGCGAAUGAUGAAGCAAGUAGCGAGAAAGCUCCUGAAGUAACUCCAGUAAAGAAAAGUGACCAGAAUCCUCAGCAAGACCCACUGAAAUGGUUUGGUAUUCUGGUGCCACAAUCUCUUAAACAAGCACAGUCAUCCUUUAAGCAAGUUAUCGAGCUCUCCGCUGAGAUUGCAACCCUUCAGACUGCAGUUUUAAACAGCAGAGAGGAACUGAAGAGCUGCAUGAAAGACAAACACAUUCUCCAGAGGAAAACCUCAGCUGCUCAGGUGGAAAAGACGGUGGAUUAACACUCUCGAGGAAAAGCAGACGAUGAUGUGACAGGAGCCUGUGGCCACGGAAACAGAGUGACUAGAGUCAGUAGGUUACACUUUAGGGCCCAGUGGACUUUAACUGGCAGAUUUCUAAGUGAAGAUCACAAAUGUAGCUGCUCCAACUAAAUGAUUUAUUGGUGUAAUAAACUGUUUUGUGCUGUUUGAAUUCAUCAAUGUGUAGCUUGUUUGGAAUGGAUGUUAUUUCUCAGGAUUAAUUCAAUCUUUGUUUUCAACUAAUAAAUUAAUGUAAUAUAUAAUAAU